CAAGCGGAUAUGGGAAAGGGAAGAUGAGGGGCAUCUCUGGCACCCUUGCUUACCAAGGAAAUAGAAAGAGAUAAGAUAUAACAAACAACACAUUGCUGUACCAUUUUUUAAUAUUUUACAAGUCUGGAAAAUAAUAGAAAGAGGGAAAGGGGGAAACGCAGACGGGCCUACGAAUAGCGAAGGCAAAGCGCAGCUCAAUUUGCAGGAUCCUUCCUUAUUUCUUCAAUCUUAGAUUCAUCCCCCCUACUACUCUCAAUAACAACAAGUUGGUAGGAGGAUUGGGAAUCGCGGGGAGUUAAUUAAUCCGGCGACCAAACUAUAAUCAUGGCAUCAUCUCAUGGGAAGUCGAAUUCUGCCGAUAACAAGGUCUCAAAAACCGACUCUUCUUCCUCAGAGUCACAGCCUGGCCAAAGAAGGGCUCCUUCUGGGACUGGGACGAGUUUUCCUGCAAAUCCAUUUGACUUCUCUGCGAUGUCUGGAUUGCUUAAUGAUCCAAGCAUCAAGGAGUUAGCAGAACAGAUAGCAAAGGAUCCAUCCUUUAACCAGAUGGCAGAGGUGCUUCAGAAAAGUGUUCAAGGAGCAGGACAAGAUGGCAUCCCUCAAUUGGACACACAGCAAUACUUCUCUACAAUGCAGCAAGUAAUGCAAAAUCCUCAGUUUAUGACCAUGACUGAACGUCUUGGCAAUGCUCUUAUGCAGGAUCCUUCCAUGUCUGGUAUGCUGGAAAGUUUGACUAAUCCAGCUCAGAAAGAACAACUAGAGGAACGUAUGUCUCGUGUCAGGGAAGAUCCAUCAUUAAAGCAUAUUAUAGAAGAAAUUGAGACCGGUGGUCCUGCUGCAAUGAUGAGGUAUUGGAAUGAUCCUGAGGUCCUUUCAAAGUUAGGUCAAGCUAUGGGAAUUGGGGCUGCCGGAGAGGCUGCAACUUCAACCGAACAAUCUGGACCGGAAGAAGCUGAAGAAGAAGGUGGCUACGAGGACGAAUCUACUGUGCAUCACACUGCAAGUGUUGGUGAUGUGGAGGGCUUGAAGAGUGCAUUGGCUGCUGGUGCAGACAAAGAUGAAGAAGAUUCAGAGGGUAGGACAGCAUUGCAUUUUGCUUGUGGAUAUGGCGAGGUGAAAUGUGCCCAGAUUCUACUUGAAGCCGGUGCUGCUGUUGACGCUCUAGACAAGAAUAAGAACACUGCUCUUCACUAUGCUGCUGGCUAUGGUCGCAAGGAGUGCGUAGAGCUCCUCCUCAAGAGUGGUGCAGCUGUGACCCUGCAAAACUUGGAUGGAAAGAGUCCCAUAGAUGUUGCCAAGCUCAACAAUCAGCAAGAAGUCCUCAAGCUGCUAGAGAAAGACGCGUUCCUAUAAAUAUCUCUUGUGAAAUUUGUCUUCUCGAAACCAUUGCUUCCUGCUUUGUGUCUCUCUGCAGGGCAUGGAGCAAAUCAUUUUACAUUAAAUUAGUAUUUGUGCUUCUGUUUUUGGGUUGGCUUGCUUUUUAAGGAUAAAUGUAUGGGGUGCGCUCUCACCUUCAGUUGAUGGUCUCAAUCAGGUGCUUCAUGUAGGCAGUUGACAGACAUGUAAGGAAAGCAAGUUCUCACUGAACAUCAUGUAGGUAAACGCGGUUAUUGCCCCUAGCAAACGGUGUGAGUGUACCCCAUUGUUUCAAAUGGAAUUAAGCUAUGAUUCUGGUUAAAAUUUCGCA